UCCAUAGUAAUUCAAAAUUCAUUAGAACUAAAGAAAAAUGAAGUGCUCAACAUUCUCCUUUUGGUUUGUUUGCAAGAUAAUAUUUUUCUUUUUCUCAUUCAAUAUCCAAACUUCCAUUGCUAAUCCUCGAGAAAACUUCCUUAAAUGCUUCUCGCAAUAUAUUCCCAAUAAUGCAACAAAUCUAAAACUCGUAUACACUCAAAACAACCCAUUGUAUAUGUCUGUCCUAAAUUCGACAAUACACAAUCUUAGAUUCACCUCUGACACAACCCCAAAACCACUUGUUAUCGUCACUCCUUCACAUGUCUCUCAUAUCCAAGGCACUAUUCUAUGCUCCAAGAAAGUUGGCUUGCAGAUUCGAACUCGAAGUGGUGGUCAUGAUUCUGAGGGCAUGUCCUACAUAUCUCAAGUCCCAUUUGUUAUAGUAGACUUGAGAAACAUGCGUUCAAUCAAAAUAGAUGUUCAUAGCCAAACUGCAUGGGUUGAAGCCGGAGCUACCCUUGGAGAAGUUUAUUAUUGGGUUAAUGAGAAAAAUGAGAAUCUUAGUUUGGCGGCUGGGUAUUGCCCUACUGUUUGCGCAGGUGGACACUUUGGUGGAGGAGGCUAUGGACCAUUGAUGAGAAACUAUGGCCUCGCGGCUGAUAAUAUCAUUGAUGCACACUUAGUCAACGUUCAUGGAAAAGUGCUAGAUCGAAAAUCUAUGGGGGAAGAUCUCUUUUGGGCUUUACGUGGUGGUGGAGCAGAAAGCUUCGGAAUCAUUGUAGCAUGGAAAAUUAGACUGGUUGCUGUCCCAAAGUCUACUAUGUUUAGUGUUAAAAAGAUCAUGGAGAUACAUGAGCUUGUCAAGUUAGUUAACAAAUGGCAAAAUAUUGCUUACAAGUAUGACAAAGAUUUAUUACUCAUGACUCACUUCAUAACUAGGAACAUUACAGAUAAUCAAGGGAAGAAUAAGACAGCAAUACACACUUACUUCUCUUCAGUUUUCCUUGGUGGAGUGGAUAGUCUAGUCGACUUGAUGAACAAGAGUUUUCCUGAGUUGGGUAUUAAAAAAACGGAUUGCAGACAAUUGAGCUGGAUUGAUACUAUCAUCUUCUAUAGUGGUGUUGUAAAUUACGACACUGAUAAUUUUAACAAGGAAAUUUUGCUUGAUAGAUCCGCUGGGCAGAACGGUGCUUUCAAGAUUAAGUUAGACUACGUUAAGAAACCAAUUCCAGAAUCUGUAUUUGUCCAAAUUUUGGAAAAAUUAUAUGAAGAAGAUAUAGGAGCUGGGAUGUAUGCGUUGUACCCUUACGGUGGUAUAAUGGAUGAGAUUUCAGAAUCAGCAAUUCCAUUCCCUCAUCGAGCUGGAAUCUUGUAUGAGUUAUGGUACAUAUGUAGUUGGGAGAAGCAAGAAGAUAACGAAAAGCAUCUAAACUGGAUUAGAAAUAUUUAUAACUUCAUGACUCCUUAUGUGUCCAAAAAUCCAAGAUUGGCAUAUCUCAAUUAUAGAGACCUUGAUAUAGGAAUAAAUGAUCCCAAGAAUCCAAAUAAUUACACACAAGCACGUAUUUGGGGUGAGAAGUAUUUUGGUAAAAAUUUUGACAGGCUAGUAAAAGUGAAAACCCUGGUUGAUCCCAAUAACUUUUUUAGAAACGAACAAAGCAUCCCACCUCUUCCACGGCAUCGUCAUUAAUGAUCUUAAAUAGAUCUUUUUCUCUUAUUAAUUAGUCCUUAUAAUAUACAUAUAUUGAUUAUAUAUAUAAAAAUAGUUUGUCCGGAUGUACUGUGUAUGCUCCAAUGUAAGAACAUCUACAGUACAGCUAUGUAGACAAUCAUAAGAUAUAUGUAAUAAAAUAAAUUGUCUUUCUUAUUUUAAUGGAGAAUGAAAUAAUAUUAUUUUAGCUUA